AUGAGCAUUACACCUUUCAGACUGUUUCGAUGCGGCCCCGCGUUUCAGCGGCGGCAUUUAUCAACCUCAGCUGCACGACAUUCGCCCGGAUACGACAGCACCAUUCGCAAUUUGCGUAUAGACAAAAACACAAGAGCAACUGCCAAUGCGAGAGAUACCAUUGCGUACGGUACUAACAUCGUAGGUGGUGUCUCGCCUGGUAAAGGCGACUCUACACAUCUGGAUUUGCCAGUGUUAAAUACCGUUCACGAGGCUAUGUGGGUUGUCAAGCCUCAUGUUAGUGCCGUGUUUGUUCCUGCGCAAUUUGCAGCAAAAGCAAUUAUAGAAUCUAUAGAAGCCGAAGUACCACUGGUCGUCUCGGUAGCGGAACAUAUUCCAGUACAUGACAUGUUACGGGUUCAUGAGAUACUUCGCACUCAGAGCAAGACUCGCUUAGUAGGUCCAAAUUGCCCUGGGAUCAUUGCUCCAGAACAAUGCCGAGUUGGCAUCAUGCCAUAUAAGCAGUAUAAAAAGGGCAGUAUAGGUAUUGUCUCCAAAUCUGGGACAUUAAGCUAUGAGGCUGUAGGUGCGACAACAUCAGCAGGAUUGGGCCAAAGCAUAGUGCUAGGAAUGGGAGGGGACUUGCUACCAGGAACUACGUUGGCUGACGGCCUCAGUUUAUUUUUCGAAGACGAAGAGACGAAAGGCAUCAUUGUCAUAGGAGAGAUUGGCGGGGAAGCAGAGCUCAGAGCAGCAGAUUUAAUCCGAGAAUAUCGCAAAUCAACUCGACACCCUAAGCCGAUAGUGGCAAUGGUGGCUGGAAAGACAGCUCCACAUGGAAGGACCAUGGGCCAUGCAGGUGCGGUGCUCACGUCCAGGGAUGUACCUGCGGAGAUCAAGGCGAGGGCACUUGGAGAUGCCGGAGCAGUCAUUGUGCCGCAUCCAGGCGUCAUGGGAGAGACUAUGAAGAAGCUUCUUGAGUCGUAAAGAGCUAAAAUAAUAGACAUCAUCAAAA